ACGGUCACGUAGACAUUACUGCCGCACGGACACACCACUCACCGUCACCACCACCACUGGCGUGCACCGACUGAGUAAAAGUCAAGAUGGCGACAGAGGGUCAGUUCGAGUACGAGUCGGUCAUCUGUGUCAAACCUGAAGUCAACGUUUAUCGAAUCCCACCGAGAACAUCCAACCGAGCUAUCAGGGCUGCCGAUUGGAAGCUGGAUGCCCCUGACUGGACGGGACGUAUGCGUGUGACGGCCCGGGGCAAAGUGGCCUACGUGAAAUUGGAAGACAAAAUCUCUGGGGAGCUGUUUGCCCAAGCACCAGUGGACGAGUUCCCUGGCAUCACAGUGGAAACAGUUAGUGACUCAAGCCGUUACUUUGUUCUACGCAUCCAGGAUGACAACGGCCGCAGUGCGUUCAUAGGCAUUGGGUUUGGAGACCGAGGCGAUGCCUUUGACUUCAAUGUUGCACUUCAGGACCACUUCAAGUGGGUGAAACAGGAAGAUGAAUUUACCAAACAGGCGCAGGCUCCAGACUCCACUCCUAAACUGGACCUGGGUUUCAAAGAAGGACAGACCAUUACUCUCAAUAUUGGGCAAUCAAAAAAGAAGGACAGGUCUCGCCCACAGAGUUCAGGUGGCUUUGGGCUUCUUCCACCUCCUCCUGGAGGCAAGUUAGCCCCACCCCCUUCGUCCAGAUCUACCAAUCAUAACACACAACCAUCUGCAGGAGGAAGUGACACUGGUUGUUUGCUAGAUCUGGACGCCAGUAACUCCAACUCAGCGGCUCCAUCCAUCCCCGCCACCACAGCCAGCUCUGACCUGUGGGGAGACUUUGACUCUGUAUCCCCAAAGUGAGGAGAGAUUCAUUUUGUUUUUCUCCCUCUUAUCUCUCUGUAAAUUUAUGAAGCACUUUUUGCAACUUUGUUUUCCCCGUUAUGGGGUCCCGUAUCUCUCCCUGCCAAGCAGGGUAGCCCCCUGUACUAGUUUGUUUUAUUUUAGCUCAGUUCCUCAUGACUUUUGUUCAUAGCCAGAGAUACAGCCAGACCUCAUAGUCCAAUCUUAAUUGGAAAGAUGUAGAACUAUAGGCCAUCUCCACCAACUCAUCACACUCUCCAUCCCCAUCCUUCUUGGGGAUCCUCUUCCCUCUCUCCUUCUAUAUAUCCACUCUAUCUCUCUAGUUUCCAUUCUCCUGUUUGAAUUCUGCCUUUGCCCUUUUUCUCCUCCUUUCCUCUGUUUUAUUUGCUAAUUUCUAUCGUAGAGUAUACAUAAUACAUAAUAUAAUCAAGGGUUGACAUAAUCAGAAACAUCUGAUGAUGAAAUCUAAUAAAAUAUAAUAAUGAAUGAAUUUUAUGUACAGAGAAUAUUUAUUUUAAAUGUAUAUAUUGUCAGUAGUUUGUAAUUAUUGUCAUUGUUGUUGUCACAUGUAUGUACUGUAGCUUAUUUUUCUCCAAGUCCCUAGCAGUGGGACUGACUAUAUGCACUGACUGGCAGUCUAGUCUGUCUAUUAGGUUAGUAAUGCAUAAAGUCGGCAUUUAACACAGGGAUUAAGAAUUAGGUUACAGUGAAGUUUACCACAAAAGGAUCUCACUUGAAAGAAACCUGUUAAGCUGUAGUUGAUUUGCAGAAUAGUUGUGCUCUUCAGCACUCUCUAGUGGGCUCUUGUGGUUCUGCAGCAUCAUUUUGAGAGAGAUGUCAAAUUGGGCUGCAGCUGUUGAACACAUAUUUCAGUGGGGACGGGUCCUGGGCACUGUUUGCAUUAUUUUAACAGUAAAUCAGUACAAAGAGAAAGGGAAUUAGGAAUGUUGGAUGCAAUAGGGUGUCAGCAAAAGAAAGAGAGGCAAAAAGUGCUUUUAUUUUUGCCUCAAGGGGAAACAGAGAUGAUUUAGUCCAUGUUAUGUCAUCUCUACUCAGCACAGCUGUUGACUGGUGAGUCAUUUAGGUCAUGACCUCUCUCCUCCUUAAUGAAUAAGUCUGUGUUUCUGCACUGUCCCAUCAGUUUGAGGAGAGCUUCAUCUCCUUAAUUCUUUAUGGGAAGGUGAUCAGGUCGUAGACCUAAACCACAGCAUGUUUAAACUGUGAACUUCAAUUCCAUGUUAAGAUAUAAUGUUAAUAAUGGUAUUCCGAUGCGGACAAAUGCAACGUGGGACCAAGCUAGCCUGUGUUUGUUGUGAUAUUGUUAUGUACCGAGAGAUGGAUUAUGUUGCACUGAUAUCACAUGUGUUGUGACAGAUGACAGUGACAAGUGGUGUGAUGAUGGAUGUUGAUUGGAACACACAGAUAUUGUGUGAGUGUAAAGCCCUGACAGUGUUUAUCAGUGUUUUCUGUUUACUAAAUUAUAUGCAUCUCUCCCAAAUGUUACUUGUUAUUCAAACUGUAUAUGUGUAUGGAAAUGUAUAUGGAAAUUAAUAUGCAAAGAAAGACAUAAAGAUAUCUCUCAAUGACCAUAA